AUGCAGGCACUCUCACGCAGUGGUUUCUGAGGAGAAACCACUGGAGGGUAUUUGUGGUUGAGCAAGCCUGUAAGUGUCAUAACAUCUCAUUAGGAGCGAUAAAACUACAUGGAGUAGUCAUUCUCCAGGUUUCUGCAGAAUGGUGUAACAAAACAUCAUUCACUUCUGAGUCAAACAAGUGAAGGCAAGUCCAUCAAUUCAGCAAUCUAUAUCAUCAUCUCACUGUCUUUCAUCUGCCUUCAUGGAGAGAUUGGAUAAUGAAGGAAGUUUAAUUCUCCUGCUGUAAUCUGAUUACACGCCACCAAUUUAGGUCUGCGAUGUCAUCAUGACACCCAUGUCUAAUUCUAAUAAGUACCUUAGACCACAACCACCAUCUCCAAUGUAGAGGGAUCACAGGGGUCUGAGAACUUCAAAAGAAAAUCCAUAAAUCCAUAGGAAAAGCAUCUGUUCCAGACGUACUAUACUAUCAGAAGUCUUGCUGUAGAGUCAUUGUAAAGAUGUCAGACGUGGCCCAGGAAGAGGAACUACCAGCAGCACACACUGGUCCCAAAGGAGUGAUCAACGACUGGAGGAAAUUUAAGUUAGAAAGUGAGGACCAUGAGAGCAUGCCACAGAAGCGGAAAGAGCUCCUCAGACAGAUGUCCAACCCCAAGGCUAACAACGAUGAUAACCAUGAGAAAAUUAACCGCAAGAUGAGUGUUCAGGAGUAUGAGAUGAUCCAGGAGGAAGAUGAACGAUGUCUGAGAAAAUACCGCAGGCAGUACAUGCAGGAAAUGCAUGAUCGUUUGAGCUUUGGGCCCAAGUUCGACAGUGUCUUUGAGCUGGAAAGCAGUGAAGCCUUCCUCAAGACCAUUGAGAAGGAGCACCGGCUCACGCUGAUCAUCGUGCACAUCUAUGAUGAUGCUAUCAAAGGCUGUGAAGCUCUCAACAACUGCCUGAACAGCUUGGCGGUUGAGUACUCCAGUGUGAAGUUUUGUCGAAUCCGGGCAUCCGCCACGGGUGCAGGAGAACGGUUCUCCGAUGAUGUCCUACCCACUGUGCUGGUGUAUAAGGCUGGAGAAAUGCUGGGAAACUUCAUUUGUGUUACCAAGCAUCUCAGUGAGGAGUUCUUCGCUUCUGAUGUGGAGAACUUUCUCAAUGAGUACGGCUUGUUGCCAGAGAAGGAAUUCACUGCUUGCCCUGAUGAUGAUGAUGAAGAGCUUGGGGUGGAAUAAUCUAGAAAGAGCAUACUAGUGGAGAAGAACCAGAGUAGAAGAUCCAUGGCAAAUGUUUGGGACCAAGCAAACUUUUGUCCGAUAAUUUUAUGUAUAGAAGCUCAUUAACUCACAUGCUGUAUUAGGAACUUGCAUGUUGGAUAAAGUGAUGCUAAAACACAUUUAUAUGAACCAAAGCAAGAUGUUUCUUAUCAGUAACUGACUCUCCUAGCACAUUUCCACAGAGUAAAUAAAUACAAAUGAGUGAAACCUAAAUUGUAUCAUAAAAUGAUGAUUUUACCUUUUAAGUUGGCUAGAUAAAGGAUAGACAGUCUAAGUCGUGGGGAUUUCUGAAAUUUAUGAAGGUCCUUCAAUAAUCAGUGACAGUUACCUUUGAAUGUGUAACCAUUAGUAAAUAGUUUGGUGUAAAUAAAACAUAAAUUUGAAGUGGUUAUGUUUUGGUCCAUAGUGGCACUUCAUUUGCCACUUCACUUUUGAUUAGUACCAUGUACAUGGUCUGGUGUCAAUGUCAACGUUUCUUUCUUUUUUUGAACAAGCGAUGUUGUCAGUUCAUUAACCAGACCAGAAAAGGUAAAUAAACUAAACUAUGAAACUCUUGUGAAAAUGCCCCUUUCUGACCUGUCUGUGAAUGAGUGUGAGUGUAAAUGAGUGUACAUAGUGCCCUGUGAUUGACUGGCAUUCAUUUUGGGAUGGAU